AUGGGUGAAAGUUUUCCGUAUUAUUACGGAUUUCCGUAAAUUCGAUCUUCAGUCAGGUCGUUUUUCCAAAUCGUCCAGAUCCGAGGAGAUAUUUUUUUUGGGGGGGGGGGGGGGUAACCCCUACCUUUGAUUUUAAUCGGACCCGAAGUUUAACGGCUACAAGUCGAAAUAAAAUGUCUCCUGCAAAAGGAAUCUGGUACGGAUACGAGCCAAAUGAUCCUUCGCCGUGCAGAAGACAGCAUGACGUCACCUCAUUAGAAUAGUCUGGCAAAAUCUGCCGAUAAUUUACGAUUCCUUUGUCUCCGAUGUCUACGAAAUGGUUUACAACACGGAAUAACUCGAAGUAAAUCGGAAUCUGACUCGGUUUCCAAACACGCGUUUUGAUUGGUUUACGUUAAUCGGUCAACCAAUUAAAAUCAACGUUACGAAAAUAAAUCUCUCAAAAGCAUAUGGCGGACAAGUUGAAGUAACUUUUUUCCGAAACCCAAACAACCGAUAAAAUUAUGUAUUUACCUCCGGGGUAUAACACCAAAGAACUUGAAAGUGGUGUUAAGAACAAGUGGCGAUGGGAAUGGCUCAACGAAAGAGGCUCUCUUGGUGAGAAAUGGGGAGAUUGGCUGAAAAAACCAAACACUCCGGGUAGCGCCUAUUGUGAAAUUUGUUUCAAAACGAUAAACUACAAAUCUAAUGGGAAGAAGGCGUUCAAGUCUCACGCUGAGGAUGUAACGCAUUUGAAAAAUUACCGGACGUGGAAAUCAAAUCAGGUCCUACCUGGGUCCUCAAAAGCCAAGCCUGAAACGGAGUCUAUGCAGGACAGAGUUGCCAAGCAAAGAGCUAUUACAGCUGCUUUUAUUAGUGAACACUGUUUACCAUUCAGUAUUGCAGAGGACUUGCUGAACUAUGCUAAGAGACUGAGUGAAGAUAAGCAUGCACUGGGAAAGACAACAAUUUCGAAGACGAGUGCCACAUACAUUAUCACCCACGGACUUGCAAAAAGCUUCAAACAGGAAGUGGCAGACAAAGUCAAAGGGAAAAGUGUUUCGCUAAAUUUGGAUGAGGCCACGAAUAACAAUAACGAUAAGAUUGUAAACAUUCUAAUACAAUUCUAUGAUGAGGAAGAGAACCAAAUUGUCUUGCGUCAUCUUGGAUCACGUAAACAGAAUCAUGCUACUGCAAAAGAUAUCAUGAUGUCAAUUGAAAGUGUUCUUGAAGAAUAUAAAAUUGAGUGGUGGCAAGUUGUAAGCAUGUUGAUGGACAACUGCAGCACAAUGCGAGGUGUGCGUGGGGGUGUUGAAACGCUUGCACGUGAAAAAAAUCCCAAUAUGUUAGAUGUCAGUGGUGAUAGUAUUCACAUGAUCAAUAAUGCGGCAAAGACUUUACUCAGUAACCUUGAUAAAGACAUACAGCCUUUCUGUUCAGAUCUGUUCUAUGACAUUGAGGAAUCUCCAAAGGUAAAAGAGAUCUUCCAUGAAUUGCAAUCCUUCCUGAAUAUUUCUACUCCAAAGCAUCUGAUUAGGCCGAUCUCAAGUAGAUUCCUCCAGAUGUUAGACGUCUCCACCAGAGUGAUAGAACUUCUAGAACCCCUGACUGUAUAUUAUUACAGUUUCCUGUCCGAGGAAGAAAAAUCCAGAUAUAGGACAGUUGUCAGCAAGAUUUUGACAGACAAGGAGGUGUUGGACAAAGCUCAGGCAGCCAUUGUGUUGUUACAGAUGUCCCAGGAGAAACAACAGAAAUCCAAGACAAGCUCUGACAGGAAAGAAAGGAUCAUCAACAGUCUAUUUCAAAAUAGAAGAGAAACGGAGGCCAUGUUGAACACAUAUCGGGGUCUGCUCCUCACUUUCCAGGAAUAUGUGAAGGCUUUCCAGGCAGAGAAGCCCCUAAUCCAUACACUUCACACAAGAAUGUUGGAGGUCACCAGACAGUUCUUGGGAAUGUUCAUUAAGCCAGAACAUAUUCCUGACAGAGUGAGUGACUUGGUGAAACUAGACGUUAAUGACCGUGAAAUUCAGAAGGCUGACAGAGACUUGGGUGUGGGGAAGUUUGCCCAUGUUGACAUGAAGAAAGCUAGAAUGGACAAGUCCUGUCAACAUUGGGUCACAAAAUUCUAUAGCCAUCUUAGAACUGGGUAUGUCAUGGCUGCCAUAAAGAUGCUGAAGAUGCCCCUCAACAAUCACACCAUCAGACAGAUGACAGUACUGGAUCCUGCACUUGUCGGUCACAGUCAGGUUGAACAGGCUAUGAAGAAUCUUGGCAAAAAGAUGCCACAAGUCCUGUCUAAAGAAGACCUUGGAGCUUUGUCCCAGGAAGCUUCCAUAUACAAUGUUGACCUGCAGGUAAAGGAUCUCCAGGCAAAGUAUAAAGAAGAUGAUCGUAUAGACAGUGGGUACUGGGUUAAAGUCUUCGACCUGAAUAAUUUCUGCGCAAUGAGAUACCCAACCAUUAAGAAGCUAGUCAUGCCACUUUUGACUGUGUUUAGUGGACCACUGAUUGAAUCAACAUUCAACAUCAUGGACGACAUUAUUGAAAAAGACCGGACAAAGAUGACAGUUGUCAAUUAUGAAGCCGUAGCAAUUGUGAAGACCGCUCUUAGGAAAAAAAAUGUGAAAAGUACAGACCUUAAAGUCACACCAAAUAUGAAAAAGGCCUGUAUUUCUGCUUACUCCAGUUAUCAGAAAUAUCUGAAGGAAAUGAAAGAGGAAAAGAAGAAAAGAGAAGAUGCAGUUUUGGACUCUUCAGUUCAGCUGUUGAAACUUGAACGUGCCAAAAAAAUUGCAAAGUUAGUAAGGUUGAAGAACAGACAUUCAGGGAUUAAGAGGAAACCGGACACAAGUAGCGAUGGAACAGGAAGGAAGUGGAAAAGAAUAAAGAAGAUAUAGUUCUGAACUUCUGGUGUAUCAUGAAAUAAUGUUUUAACAAGUGAAAAUAAUGUGAUUUUUAAUGCAUGGUUUAAGAGAAUUAAGAAGCUAUUUUAUUACAAAAAUUAAUUUUUAUCUGAUCAAAAGACACUACACAAAAUGCUUCAUUUUAAUUUCAAAGUUUAAUCUUUUGAUAGAAGACAAAUUAAGUGCUUCAGUAAUUUCUUUAAAAAAUAUCUAGAUAAGAUAUUCAAACUAAUUACAUAAAAAUACAAGAAAGAAAAUGUAUUACUGUAAUAUGUUCAUCAAUGUUAAUCUACAUGAAAUUUUAAAGAUAUUUUCUACCCAAACUGUUUUUUUCUGUUUUGAAUAACUUAAAAAUACAGGUGUCUUUAAGCUCAGGAGAAGUGAUUUCUUCGUUUUAAAUAAGCUAAAAUGCAGGAGCUUCCGGGGGCCUCCGGCCCCCUGGACCCCUGGCCAGGGCCUUGCCCUGGACCCCACCGGGGGCCCUAUCGGCCCCCAGGCCCCCAGAUUUUUUUUUCAGUAUUUUGGGUUUUUUCAACUUUCACCCAUGCAUA